AGUACACCACAAUACGAAUCCACAAGAAGAGGGUUUUCUUCUUCUCCUCCGGCAUUCAUUCAUACGCUAGGAACACACCUUCAUACUGAAAUCUCAGUGGAAUUCGAAGAAAUUACAGUUGAUUAAAGAUGCAAAACGGAGGCGAUGAGGUUAGCAUCGAAGAAUUGGCUACGAAUCUGUCAACUUACCGAGAACAGCUUCAACAGGUUCGUGCACUGUUGAAGGAUGACCGUAGCAAUUCUGAAUAUUUGGACAUGGAGAAGGAACUUGUCGAGUGAUGGAAUUAAAGAAUACCAAUGACUGAGGAAACAUAGUUUUACCCUUGGGUUUGAAAAGGUCUGCAAUGUCAUGAUGGCCCGCCUGCAUCUGUCUCAUCAUUUCAAACGUCUUCUGAGAAUCUAAGUCUAAAAUUUGAUAAAAUUCACUGAUUUACUUCUCUGUAAUGCAAAAAUUUUCUCGCUUAAUUUGUACUCUGCUAAGUUCUUGUGAAUGCAGGUUAUUGCUUUGACAGAAGAGCUCCUUGCAACUGCAAAACAAAAUGAAGAUUUUGAACUAGGUACGGGGAAUAGUGCUGAUGCAUCAUAUGAUUUUGGCCAUCCAGGGAGCACUUCGAGUAUGCAGUUUCCUGUUGGCACCAAAGUACAAGCUGUUUGGAGUGAGGAUGGAGAGUGGUACAAUGCAACCAUUGAGGCACAUACUUCAAAUGGCUAUCUUGUAGCUUAUGAUGGGUGGGGAAAUAAGGAAGAGGUAGAUCCAGAAAAUAUUAGGCAAAUUCAAGGAGAGGUCAAUCCUUUGGAUGAAGCUGAAAAGAUUGCUGAGGCCACAAAACAGGCCCUGAAGCGGAAGAUUGCACAGGCUUCUGUCAUUGAAUACCAGUCUAAGAGUCUACCAGCAAAGCUCCAUAUUGAUCCCAAUGACCCGGAAGAUGUGAAAGCUUCGAAGAGAAAGAAGAUCCAUGCUUUCAAGUCAAAAAUGCGGAUAGAGAAACUUGAGGUAGCCCAAAACAAGAGGCAAAAUGCUUGGCAGCAAUUUCAGUCGACAAAAGGCUCUACUAAGAAGAUCGGAUUCUUCUCGGGUAGAAAGCGGGAAAGCAUCUUCAAGUCUCCCGAGGACCCUACUGGAAAGGUCGGUGUGACUGGAAGUGGGAAAGGUUUGACAGAUUUUCAGAAGAGGGAGAAGCAUUUGCAUCUUAAAGGUACCUCUGCUGAGGCUUCUGAUGACUACUAGCCCUAAAAAUUUAGCCCCAAUUCCUAAUGUUGUGCCUUUAAAAAAAUAUAUAUUUAACUGAUACAAUUUUUAGGAGUGAUAUCCCAAAAUCCAUCUUUGUAUUUUUUUAGUUUUUCCUUUCUUGAAAAUUUAAAAAAUAUGAUACUGCAAAGUUGUUGCUCAUCUCUUGGCAAAUCGAGUGUAGUUUCUUCCGUUCUCUGGUUCUAGUUUGCAAUUCGUGAUCCAUUCGUUUAUGGCCAAUGUGAAACUCGGAAACAACGAUGAAAGAAAAUUUGGAACUUGAU